AGAGCAAGAGAGAGAGAGAAAGGGAGAGAGAGAGGGAGGGGGGGUUGACUUUUGAUGGGACUCAGCCUGACAGUGGCAGCAGGCUCCUCCGCGGACGGCAUCGCACGACUCUGAGCUGGAGAUGAUCCUAGGGGUCAUCAUGAGGAGACGGCGCCUCAGCCCGCUCACCCUCCUGGCUGUGCUGGGACUCCUCGCGCCGCUCGUGGACCUCGGCCACGGAUACGCCGCCGAGGAUGAGGAUUACUACAUGCAGGAGCUGCUGACCAGAGAACAGUACAACCGGGUCCAGGGAGCAGAGGAACCCGCGGCCUCUAUAUCUGACAGACAGGGGCAUCUGAGCCAGAACCCUGCAAAGAAAGUGCCCAAGGCCAAGACAGACAACAGCCGGCAGACAGAUAAAACCCCAGCUGAGGCUAAAUCAGACAACAAAAAGGCCGAGAAGAACAAGAAGAGUGUCCUGAAAACCCCAAACAGCAGCCUGGAGGGCGAUGGCAAAUACAGCUCUGCAAAAGAGGUAGCUUGUCCUCCGAUGGGGCUGGAGACGCUGAAGAUUGAUGACUUCCAGCUUCACGCUUCCACCACGAAACGCUACGGACUCGGAGCGCACAGAGGUCGUCUCAACAUCCAGGCGGGCCUCUAUGAGGAUGACCUCUAUGAUGGCGGCUGGUGCGCUGGAAGAAAUGACCCGCUGCAAUGGUUCGAGGUGGACGCAAGGAGGCUGACCAAGUUUACGGGGGUCAUCACACAAGGCAGGAGCUCCCUCUGGUCGAGCGAUUGGGUGACCUCAUACAAAGUGCUGGUGAGCAACGACAGUCACACCUGGAUAACGCUGAAAAACGGCUCGCAGGACUUGAUCUUUACUGGGAACAGAGAGAAGGAGAUCCCGGUCCGGAACCUAUUCCCGGUACCAGUGGUGGCCCGGUACAUUCGAGUUAACCCUCGUUCUUGGUUCAACAGCGGCAGUAUCUGUAUGAGAGUGGAGAUCCUUGGCUGUCCUAUGCCAGAUCCAAAUAAUUAUUACCACAGACGGAAUGAAGUCACAACCACAGACAACUUAGAUUUUAAACAUCACAGCUACAAAGAAAUGAGGCAGCUUAUGAAGGUGGUUAAUGAAAUGUGCCCAAACAUCACACGGAUCUACAACAUAGGCAAGAGCUACAAUGGUCUCAAGCUGUAUGCCAUAGAAAUCUCGGACAACCCAGGAGAACACGAACUUGGUGAACCAGAAUUCCGCUACACGGCGGGUUCCCAUGGUAACGAGGUGCUGGGUCGAGAGCUGCUGCUGCUGCUGAUGCAGUUCAUGUGUCUGGAGUAUCUGUCCGGUAACCCACGCAUACGUCACCUGGUGGAGGAGACCAGGAUCCACCUGCUGCCAUCCAUCAACCCCGAUGGGUACGAGAAAGCCUUUGAAGUGGGUUCAGAGCUUAGUGGCUGGUCUUUAGGCCGCUGGAGCCAAGAUGGGAUGGACAUUCAUCACAACUUUCCUGACCUCAACUCCAUACUGUGGGAGGCAGAGGCCAAGAAGUGGAUCCCUCGCAAGAUGUUCAACCACCACGUGUCCAUUCCAGAGUGGUACCAGUCCAAAAAUGCCACGGUUGCCAUGGAGACGCGGGCACUGACAGCGUGGAUGGAGAAGAUGCCCUUCGUGCUGGGUGGUAACCUCCAGGGAGGGGAGCUGGUGGUGACCUUCCCUUACGACAGAACACGUUCCCAAGAGAAGACCCGCGAACAGACCCCCACCCCCGAUGACCAUGUCUUCCGCUGGCUGGCGUUCUCCUACGCGUCUACCCACCGCCUGAUGACUGAUGCCAGCCGACGCGUCUGCCACAUGGAGGAUUUCGCCAAAGAGGAUGGCACCAUCAACGGGGCGGCCUGGCACACAGCGGCAGGCAGUAUGAAUGAUUUCAGCUAUUUGCACACCAACUGCUUUGAGUUGUCGAUGUACGUUGGCUGUGACAAAUACCCGCAUGAGAGCGAGCUUCCGGAGGAGUGGGAGAACAAUCGCGAGUCACUGCUUGUCUUCAUGGAGCAGGUGCAUCGUGGGAUCAAAGGUGUGGUGAGGGACCUCCACGGUCGGGGGGUCGCCAAUGCCAUCAUCUCCGUGGAGGGCAUCAGCCAUGAUAUACGCACAGCGGCUGAUGGCGACUACUGGCGCUUGCUUAACCCCGGGGAGUACAGGGUGACGGCCAGGGCCGAGGGCUACAGCUCCGCCAGUAAGAUGUGCGAGGUGGGCUACGAGAUGGGCGCCACCAGGUGUGACUUCACCAUUGGCCGCACCAACCUAUCCCGGAUCAAGGAGAUCAUGGAAAAAUUCAACAAACAGCCCAUCAAAUUGCCCGUCAGGCAGCUCCAAAGCCGCAGGCUGAGACAAAGGCGUCUGGGGACAUAGGGACCAUGAGGGAUAUAAAGAGGAGGAAUUUGAAACAUAAGAGGCCAAAAUCUGCUCUGCACUCUGAUCCAGUUGGACUUUGAUCAGGGCUCUGAGUCUGGACUCUUCAAUUUUUAUAAGAGCGCCAAUGGUGGAAUUGCUGUUUGCAGGCAACAGAUUGAAUAUGCUUUGUUGCUUAAAACAGAAUGCUUUCUGAUUUUGUUUGUUCUCCUUUUGUUUUACCAAGGCAUAAGCUCUCCCUGAGUCCUAUGUUGUCAUCUAAUUAUUAACUUUUUUUUUAUACAGUCUUGUCAAAUUUAAAAGUACUUUGUACUGUCAUAACUUCACAUGUUUGACCCUCUUUACCAAUUUAUCACAAUAUUAACACAUCCUCUGGCGCUGCUUUGACAGUAAGUAUAAAUACCGGAACACACUUCGAAAAAAGACAGGGGUCUCUGAAAGUCCAGGAUUUUUUUUUGGGUUAGUUGGAACAACAGCCAAGUUUACUAUCAUGUGUAUCCCUAUUUAUCUAUUUAAAUUUACAUAAAACCACUUCAUGAGCUGCAACAAAAGCUUUAUUCUCAGCACUUAUAAAAGCUUAAUUCUUGCAAACACGCCUUUUAAGUUGCGUUACUAAUGGACUCAAUGACCUUUUUGCAGGUCAUUGAUUUGUUGUAUUUUUUAUACACAUUAUUUUUGCAAUUUAUUUAAUAAAAUGAGUAUGU